AUGGAUUGGAUGGAGGAGUUGGUGAUGGAACUGAAGCGGAUAAGGCAGGAGUUGACGCAGAUAAAAGAGAUAUUGACAGAUGAGAGGAGAAGGGAAGAAGAAGAUGAUGAGACGAAACACGAAGAGAGCGAAGAGGCGGAGACGGAAGAGGAGAGAGAGCUAUGGAGGAAGGUAAAAGGGAGAGCAGAGGAGAAAAGAAAAAAGAGACAGGAAGAAAGUGAGGAAAUGGAGAGGGAAAAGGAAGAGGAGCUGGGCAGGAGAGAGAAGCGAAAGAAGAAUAUAAUAUGGAGGGGGAUCGAAGGAGAGGAACCGGAGGAAAGGAGGAAGAUAAUGGAGAUGAUAAUGGAGAAGGAGCUGGGGAGAAAGGUAAUGGUGAGGGGGGUGGUGGAAAGGAUGGGAGAAGGAGGAAAGGAGGUGCUUUUGGUGGAGCUGGAGGAAGAGAAGGACAAGAGAGAUCUACUGGAAAGGGCAUGGAAGAUAAAGAAGAGAUGGGAAAUAGGUGUGGACGAGGGCUUGACAAUGGAGGAGAGGAGAACAAGAUGGAGGAUAGUGGAGAAAGCAAGAAUGGAAAGAAGAAAAGGGAGAAGGGUGAAGGUAGAGGACAAUAGAAGGCUAUGGAUAGAUGGAAUGGAGUGGUACUGGGAUGAAGAGGAGGAAAGAUGGAGGGAGGCGCAGAUAUAG